CGUAAAACACCAAUACGUAGAGGAACAUUGAUUAUUUAUUAUUUAUAGUGUUUAUUUCAGUUUGAGAUGAUUCUGGCUUACAGUUAAUGAAGAAAUAGACAUCAGUUUAUCAGCAAUAAUUUAAGAUUUUAUAAAUAAAACAAAGAGGUGAGAAGGGAAACAGGCAUCACUAUCCACAAUAACUAACAAUUUUGAAUUAAUACGAGCUGGAACAACAUUUAAUUUCCCUUUCGGAUCAAUGACAUAUUUUUUUUGUUUAAUUUUGGUGGGUUCUGGUGUUUCACUACAACUCCCAUCAGCCCCCUCGGUCUGCAGCCAGGAAGGUAAACAAACCGAGUGGCAACCACCGUACCUCCUGUUGUCAUGGCAACGCAACUGCUGAGAGCGAAAACUUCUUCCUGACAGUUUAACCGAGCCGAACUGCCCGGUUUGUCCCAGUUUAUCCGUUUGGUUUCAGCCCGCUCAGAUGAAGAAGCGGCCCCGGUUCUUCACCCCCGCGGAGGUGGCCUCUCACUUCACGGCGGGCGACCUGUGGGUGUCCUUCCUGGGCAAAGUGUGCGACCUGACCCCGCUGAUGAAGCAGCACUCAGGUGACGUGCUGCUGCUCCCCAUCAUGGAGUGUGCUGGGAAGGACAUCAGCAGCUGGUUCGACCCAAAGACCAGAGACAUCCUGAGGUUUGUGGACCCUGUGACGUGCUGCGAGCGGUACUACACCCCCAGGGGGCGCUUCGUGCACACGCCGCCCAGCGGGCCGAGCUCCGACUGGGACACGGACCUGGGCCAGCCCUGGUGGAAGGAACGCCGCUACGAGGUGGGGCUGCUGUCGGCCAAGACGCGCUGGAUCCGCGUGGUCAACACGCUGACGUCACAGGAGCAGCUGCUGGAGGUGUGCUCGGAGGAGACCCUGGAGGAGAUCCUGCAGCGCUACCUGCGCCACAACGCCCACGCCAACAGCUACACCUGGAAGUACCACGGAGUCGUCCUGGACAUGCAGAAGACGCUGAGCAAUAACGGCGUCACGGACGACGACCAGGAGCUGGAGCAGCUCAGGAUGGACCGCGACCUCUUCGUCCCCGCCAUCCUGCUCUACUUCAACGACGACCUCACCGAGGGAUGACCUCAUCGCUGUGACAUCACAUUAAACUUCCUGCUGCUGCACCUGGCAAGUCCUGUGAUCUGAACCUCCAGGCCUUCCAGGGCCGGCCCCAGGCUUUCUGGGGCCCAGGCAGAUUUUAAUCUGGCCCCAGACCAGCAUGUUCACACCAGAUGCUCCAUCACUCCUCACACCAUGCAGCUCACCUGCUACUGUUAGCAUCAUCCAUGAUUAGCUGACAUCAUAACGGUGUUGGUGUUAGCAUAAUGCACUGCAAAAACACUCAAUAAAAAGCUUUUUAGUUUGAUUUCUAUUGCAAAUAUCUCAGCGCACUUAGAAUAAAACAAAAUUAACUUACAAAUAACCUCUUAAUUUUUUCACUGAUAAGAAGUUUUAUAAGUGAAAUAAUUACAUAAUAAGUUUAGUCUUAUUUCAAAUGUACUCAGACUAGAAACUAAACUCAAUACUUGGUAAGAUUUUGUGUUUUUACAGUGCAGGAACAACGAACUAGUAAAAUGCUGUAACCAGCUUUCUGAUAAAUGUGACAUAAUUCAUGUGGAGGCAAAAUCAGCAGACAAACACUGAUAUUAAACAAGUUUAGUAUCAUUU